AUGCAGCUACUGCAGUGCAUCUUACUCUAUGUUCAGUUAUCUUUGGCUUUGAGUGGCCAGGAUGAGCCUGUGGCACCAGAAUACCCAGGUGUGCUCCACUGUGGGCCCCAGGGUUUCCAGUUCACUACAAACCUUCCAAGCCAGGAGGCAGGAAGUCCUCCUGUACUAAUAGCUUGGGACAAUGAAGGACUGCUGCACAGGCUGCAGAAUGACCCAGACUGUGGGACCUGGGUCAGGGAGGGCACAGGCAGCUCUGUGGUGUUGGAGGCAUCCUAUAGUGGCUGCUAUGUUACUGAGCAGGACUCUCAUUAUAUCAUGCUGAUUGGGGUUGAAGGAACAGAUGCAGCUGGACACAAGAUAGUGACAAAGAUGAAGGUGCUCAAGUGCCCUAUGGGCCCUCAAGAUGGCCCAGAUGCUGACCUCUGUGACUCUGUCCCAGUCUGGGACAGGAUGUCAUGUGCUCCUUUGCCCAUCACUCAAGGAGACUGUGAAUCCCUAGGCUGCUGCUACAAUUCUGAAGAGAAUUCCUGUUACUAUGGAAACACAGUGACUUCACACUGUUCUCAAGAUGGCCAGUUCUCCAUCGCAGUGUCUCAGAACGUGACCUCGCCCCCACUGCUCCUGAAUUCUGUGCGCUUGGUCUUCGGGAAUGGCAGUGAAUGUAACCCUGUGAUGACAACACAUGCCUUUAUCCUGUUCCAGUUUCCGUUUACUUCCUGUGGUACUGUAAGACAGAUGACUGGAGGCCAGGCUGUAUAUGAAAACCAACUGGUUGCAAAUAGGGAUGUAAGAACGUGGACCCAUGGUUCUAUCACUCGUGACAGUAUCUUCAGGCUUCGGGUCAGCUGCAGCUACUCUGUACGUGGCAAUGUUCUUCCAGCUAAUGUCCAGGUUUUUACUCUCCCACCACCCCAUCCUGACACGCAGCCUGGAACCCUCACUCUGGAACUUCAGAUUGCCAAAGACAAAAGCUAUAGCUCCUACUAUACUAUUGAUGACUACCCAGUCGUGAAGUUCCUUCGGGAUCCCAUUUACGUGGAGGUCUCCAUCCUCCAUAGAACAGACCCCUUCCUAGCAUUACUGCUUCAUCAUUGUUGGGCUACCCCUAGCACAAACCACCUGUAUGAACCGCAGUGGCCCAUAUUGGUGAACGGAUGCCCCUACAUCGGAGAUAAUUAUCAGACCCAACUGAUCCCUGUCCAGGAUACCACGGGCCUUCCAUUUCCUUCUUACUACCAGCGCUUCAGCGUUUUCACCUUCACUUUUGUGGACUCUAAGGCAAAGCAGGCACUCACAGGACCGGUGUAUCUGCACUGCAGUGUAUCACUAUGCCGACCUGCUGGCACACCAUCUUGUAUGGUGACUUGUCCAUCUGGCAGCCGAAGUGGCAGAAACUCUGACACUCAUUUUCAGAAUGAUACUGCCAGCAUUUCUAGCAAAGGGCCAAUGAUUCUCCUCCAAGCCUCUAAGGACUCUUCAGAAAAACUUCAUCAGUAUUCAAGCUCUCCUGUAGACUCCCAAGCUCUAUGGGUGGCUGGUCUUUCUGGAACCUUAAUCACUGGAGCCUUGUUAAUGUCCUACUUGGCUAUUAGAAAAUGGAAAUGA